AUGGCCAAGGGGAACAACAACAUGCCGUCCAUCGCCCAAGAAACCACCAACACCUCGUCCCCCCCCUCUGUCCCGUGCAAGAAGCGGAGACGAGACGACGAUCGCGAUGACAGCACCCAGCAAUUCACAUUGUACGCGAGUCUUCUCGCGAACUCCACCGCUGCCGCCGCUGCCACUAACCAUGCUGUCUACAGCUCCCACCACCACCACAACAUCUACCCAGACAACUACCACCACUACCACCAUGGCAGCAGCAGCAGCAGCAGCAACCUAUCCCCCCUGGCAACCAACACCAGGAAAAUGAUCCCCCUUUCUUCCAAACGCCAACGAAUGACCUCAGUCGACAUUGAACUUGACCCAAAAAGACAACACGAUAUCACCAGCAAAUUCCACCAAAAAGAAGAAGAGGAAACACUCCCAGCAAAACCCCGACCAAACCUAGCCAGCAAAACCUCCCUCCUAACCCCCUGCCACAUCUGCUCCCGCAAACCAACCAAGAAAUCCGACUUGGACAGCUUCGCCGAUUGUCAAGGAUGUGGUCAGCGGACGUGCUACGUGUGCAUAAGGGAGUGUCUUGGUUGGAGUCCACCGUCCCAGCAACCACCACCACCACUAUCAUUACAGACAGAGCCGUCGUUUACAAUGAUUGAUGUUGAUUCUGCUGAGGAGCAACAACCACCACCACCAGUAGAAAGUGGAGGCUGGACAACAAAAGGGGGUGGGGCUGGGCACAGGAAGAUGGUCUGCAGCAGGUGUUGCGUUGAAAGGGGCCAGGAUGGGGAUGUGGUUUGUUUGGGGUGUUUACCGUUUGUGGAGGGUUGA